AUGCACAAACCUUCCUCUUAUCUCUUCAUUGCAGCAAUAUUAUGCUUACUUCGACCAUCUGAGGCAUCGUCGUCGCAUCGACCGAUAGCUUUCUUGUUGGACGUAGACAAUACGCUCUAUGAUGAAUUGGACAGCGGGAUCGAAUCUCAAAUUGUAAAGAACACACAUUCAUACUGCAAAGAAAGGUUUGGAAUGGAGAAGGAAGAAGCUGAUGACCUUUUUCGACAGUUUGGAUCCACAAUGGAAGGUUUAAAACAAACCAUUUUGAAAGGAAAGCUAGAAUCUGAGGUUCACGAAGCUUUGGAUGAUUUUUAUGCAACAGUUUACAAAAAGAUCGACUACUCAAGUUUGCUGCUGGAAUCGACGGCGCAAGAGUCUUCGACUGGAUACUCUAUGACAAGAGACCGAAAGCAACUACGUCAGCUGCUCCGUUUCUGUCCGCAUCCUAUAUGGAUAUCGUCAAAUUCGCCGAGCUGGCACGUUCGAAGGACACUUGAGGCCAUGGGUCUUGCUGAUAUUCAUUUUGAACGUUGUUUCACACCUGACCGACUCCCAUUCUAUCCUACGAAGCAUGACCCAAUUCGUUUCUUUGGUGAAUACUGCGAGGAAUUGCUUUCCUACGCUCGAUUGAUCGUCUUUGAUGAUUCAAGCUGGAAUCUUUCCCGCAUAUGCGAGAACUUUCCAAGAGCGGAAGGCGUACUCGUCUCGCGUCGAAAUCCUUUGACUACCGCAUGGCUUCGGACCGUUUUACUCGAUCCUGAGUUUAAAUUCGAUCAAGUACAAUACCUUGACUCAAAGAAUGCCGUGGAUCGAAAAUCGAUAAACUCGAAUAUCUGGAAUGAAGUUGUAGCCAGUCUUCAAGGCCUUCGAAAACGUGAAGUACAUAUUGCAGAUGUUGGCGCGGGGAUUCUGUCCAUGCUUGAUCUCUUCCUUCAUGGAGACGUCAGUAAAGGUCUAAACCCUCUUCUGAUAGACACGAAGGGACCUUAUUUCGUUCACUACACUGCCUACGAGUCAAAUGCAAAGCUCUAUGAAGCUUGCCACCAAAAGCUUCUUUCAUGGGGAUUAACAGCACGAGAGAAAUCGGAAAAUGUGAUCAUCUACGAGGGACCGUCGGUACGAGUGAGACUCAUUCUAGAAGACUUUGACAGGUCGCCACCAAUUCCAACCCCUGAUUUGAUUGUUGGUUGCUGUUUCGCUGAUUUGUUCGAUCCUUCUCAACUCGUGCCAUCGUUGAUAAGGUCCUUUAGUCUUUUAGAUUGUCAGCGCACAAUCUUAUAUUUCCCCAUUACAUUUGAAGGCAUUACCCAACUGUUCCCUCCGCAACCUUUUGAGUCGACCAUCGACGGUACGAUACCAUCAGACACAGCUGCACUUGGUGUUUAUUCAGAGGCACUUUCCAGAGACCUUGGACACAACUUAGAUCCAGCGUUACUGCAAGAUGAAAUGGAACGACAUGGUUUUUCCCUUCAGAGGAAAGGUGGGUCUAUGUGGAAUAUCCAUCAUGAUGUAAAUCCCUACCUUUAUAUGUGCAUGCUCUACUUCUUUGGAAGUGCUGCUGGACCAAAACUACAACACAAUGGAUUUGACGCACAAGGCUGGAUACAAAGAAUACGCAAAACGAAUCCUCAUAUUCAAGUGUCGAACGUAGACUUGAUGUUUCGGGUUGGAAAAAAUCUCGAUCACUGUCUACACAACACUGAAUCUGACCUGGUAAUGGAGGAAAUCUAUUUUGUCGGAACUAGAGACGUGAUAACUCGCAAGAAGAGGAUCCCCGAGCUCCUCCCAACACAAGUGCUAAGGACAGAGUUGAAAAUUUUUAAUGGACAGUUUGACGACGCCGUACUUGACGCAACAAUUGAAGACAUGAAAGAUGAGCGAAUGGCGUACCCAUUGUCGUAUGGUUAUUGCCUUGUCGGACACGUCAUUCAGUGCGGAGAUGCCGUGCCGAAUGAUCUUAUCGGGAAACUUGUUUUUAGCUUCUCUCCACAUGCAUCCCAUGUCGUCACUAAUUUUGAUAAUAUUCAUGUCGUUCCAGAUAAUAUUUCACCUGAAGAUGCCAUUUUCAUGCCAUCGGUGGAAACUGCUCUUUCGUUGAUUCAUGAUGCCAGUCCUCGAAUGGGAGAGAAUGUCGCCGUGUUCGGGCAAGGAUUAAUUGGGCUACUAGUGACGGCUAUUCUCGGUACUCAAAGACAGACUUCGAAUUCGGCAAAGUUUGGAGUGGUUACUGCGUUUGAGACUAUCCCAACUCGCUUAAUGGCUGCUGCACGAUUCGGAGCUUCACAAGCACUCUUGCCUGGUAGCUUUAGUGGGCCUUUUGACGUUUCGAUUGAAGUUAGUGGAAACUUUAAAGCACUUCAAUCAGCCAUAGAUCUUACAGCUGAUGGUGGACGGAUUAUCGUCGGAUCGUGGUAUGGUAACUCCGCAGUAAAUUUGAAUCUCGGGAUUGAGUUUCACCGGAGUCAGAAGACAAUUAGGGCAUCUCAAGUGAGCAAAAUCCCCUUGCAAUUGCAAAGUACAUGGAACAAAGAUAGACGAUUUGAAUUCACUUGGGAGCUAGUAAGGAACUUAAAGCCGUCGCGGAUGCUGUCUAGAGUAACUGACAUCAACGGUGGGAAAACUGCUUACGAAGCGCUUGAUAGGGGUGAAGAAAUCGCCAUUGCAUUCAAAUAUUGA